CAGGCCCUCAUCUGUUUCCUCACAAACCCACAUUGUGGCAGCCUCAUUAAUGCAGAUGGCCAUGCUGAAGUGUGGACAGAUUGGAAUGAUAUGUCCAAAUUUUUCCAGUAUGGAUGGAGAUGCACCACUAAUGAGAAUUCCUAUUCAAACCAUACGCUGGUGGGCAACUGGAACCAGGAAAGAUACGACCUAAAGAAUAUUGUGCAGCCAAAACCUUUACCUUCCCAGUUUGGACACUAUUUUGAAACAACAUAUGAUACAAGCUAUAACAACAACAUGCCACUUUCAACACAUAGAUUUGAGCAAGAGCCUCACUGGUUCCCAGGACAUCAACCUGAACUGGACUCUCCUCGUUACAAAUGCACAGAAAAGUCAACUUAUAUGAAUAGCUAUUCACAACCUCAAAUCACACAUCACCUUGAGUGUGUAUGGGAUCCUAAAAGUGGCCAGUUUCACAAUCCAGGAUUCUAAGAAAGAAUAAGUGUUUCUUCAGAAUAGAAUGUAGGAGGGAGCAUUUUCUAAGCACAACUAAGAACUUAGCUUGCUGUAAAACAGUCUCACUCUCUGCAUAAAAUAUUCAUAAAA